UCUCUUGCCGACCAUUUCGUUGAGUCUUUCGUUACCAUUUCGUUUACCGUUUCGUUAUAAAGUAUUGGAUGGAUUGAAUGUAUUGGAGGAUGUAAAAGAAACACGAUUUGGACAAUAAGCUGAAAAUCCACUUUCAAGAAAUCACACGACAAGCAUCUGCAAUCAUAAGGAAGGAAUUCUCAGUUGCUGACCGUUUAGCUGACUUUUUCGCUAACAUUUCGUUUACCGUUUCGUUUGGAGGAUGUAAAAGAAACACGAUUUGGACAAUAAGCUGAAAAUCCACUUUCAAGAAAUCACACGACAAGCAUCUGCAAUCAUAAGGAAGGAUCUCUCAGUUGCUGACCGUUUAGCUGACUCUUUCGCUGACUCUUUCGCUGACUCUUUCGCUAACAUUUCGUUUACCGUUUCGUUAUAAAGUAUUGGAUGGAUUGAAUGUAUUGGAGGAUGUAAAAGAAACACGAUUUGGACAAUAAGCUGAAAAUCCACUUUCAAAAAAUCACACGACAAGCAUCCGCAAUCAUAAGGAAGGAUCUCUCAGUUGCUGACCGUUUAGCUGACUCUUUCGCUACCAUUUCGUUUACCGUUUCGUUUUAACGGAUGUAUUGGAUGAUGUUAAAGGGAGCACUAUUUCGACAAUAAGCUGAAAAUUCAUUGUCAAACAAUCAGACGACAAUCGUCGAUAAUCACAACGAUCGGUAUAAAAAUCAAGAGUGUCAGAAGUCGCAUCGGGAUUUAGGAUAAACCAGCCGCAACAUACGAAGUGGACAAGAUUGCUGCCUCAUCAACUUGCGCUAAUUAUAAGAUGAAAAUGUAUAAUGUCUACACCGCAUUAGUUUUAAGCUAGAUUUAAUUAAUUAGUUUAUUAUGUAUUAUUGUUAUGGGCAAUGAAAAGAAAAAAGAGCCAGAGAAAUCUCCCCCAUCGCGGGUUGAGAUUGAGAAUGAACGACGUCGCGUUUUUCGACAAUUUAUACCAGUGUUGCCAACUCAACGACGAGAACAUGACCGUGAUGUUUCGCCUAAUGUGGAUGCUAAUCGUGUACGCACAGUGUUUAGUCCAUUUAUUCCCCUAUUUCCGCGCCGUCGUCAACAAUCGGACAAUGUUGAAACUUCCAGAGUCAGUAGAGUACGUCGACAGUUGUUUCCGCCGGAAGAAGAAGAACAGUCACCUAAAGAGCCGAAUGCCUCAGAUGUCAGUGAUUUCGUUUACCGUCCAAAUGCACCUUGUCAAGAUGAUGAUGAUGAUCCACAGUUGUUUCCGCCGGAAGAAGAAGAACAGUCACCUAAAGAGCCGAAUGCCUCAGAUGUCAGUGAUUUCGUUUACCGUCCAAAUGCACCUUGUCAAGAUGAUGAUGAUGAUCCACAGUUGUUUCCGCCGGAAGAAGAAGAACAGUCACCUAAAGAGCCGAAUGCCUCAGAUGUCAGUGAUUUCGUUUACCGUCGAAAUGCAUCUGAUCAACAAGUCUCAUCAACUGAGAGUCGACAACCGGAGCUACCUAUUCUUCACGACGAGAAUACUAAAAUGUCCAUUGAUGGUGAAUCACAGACAUUCGCCUUCAACGCAAGCGACGACGAGAAAAGUUUGUCAUGGCAAAGAAAUCUAAAACUUUUGAACAUUGAAUCGAGUGAAUCUGUUGAUGUGGUGCAACAAGAUGAAUCGAAACUAAGUCCCAUUCCCAAAAAACGAUUCAAAAUCAAUUUUAGCGACGAUAAGCGCAGUGAAAAAGUCCCUCAGGAUAGGAAGAAUCGUGAGGAAUGUGAUGAUAUGCAGCGAGCAUUAUACGAAUCACUCAUCACAUACGCUGCCGAACAAGAAGAGAGCACGCCAAAAAGUGGAUUCAAAGUACCGUUAUCGACACCAAGAAAAGUAGCCACGGAGCCGCAGCCGUCAACCAGCCGACAAGCCGAUUUACAGGAUGCCACCUCAUUUACGUCGGCCAAACCGAAAAAGAGAACUACUCCCCGAAAAGUGCCAAGAAAAUGCGAAACUUCUUCUCCAGCGAAUAUGAAAUUUAAAGAAACGACAGAUACGCCAAAAAGGAAUAAAACUCCGCGCAAAUCACCAAUAAAUCAUGAAACGUCCUCACGCAACAAUUUCGAUGUCUUUGCGAAAAAAACCCCGAAAAGAAAUGUGACAUCUCCAAAAGAAACAUCAACCAAGAAGGAAAAGUUGAAAACUCAAAAAGUAGAAGAAUCGUCACACGACGACGACGACGAGGGCGUUAAGAAACAGACUAAAUUUACGAUAAAGACUGGAUUUUCUAAAUAUUUUUGUUGUUGCCCGAAACUUGCAAACUUGGUAUUUGAUCAAGUAAAAUUAUUGUCGACAAUAUCAAUAUUAGUGACAAUUUUUGUAAACUUUGCCAUUCGUCAUGAGACAAAUGAUUAUUUACUUAAACACUGGACUGAACAUGGACCCGACUAUUAUUCUAUAUUUGCAUUGUUUAGAAAGGAUAGUCACAAGUUGCCAGUGGCUGCGAAAAAUGAAUAUAGUGAUAAAUUGAGAAAAGAAUUUAUUCCUCAGUUUACCGAGUACAUGGGAGAAGAAUUUCAAUUGUUUAAUUGUAGAAAUCUUACUUCACAAAUUCAAGAAAUGAGCAGACAAUUGAAUGAUAAUUACUUGACGAAUCUCCAUUAUCAUGCAAGGGAUCGACUUGCAACAUUCUUCAAACACGAAUUAUUUCCAAAACCUGUAACGAAAAUGAAACUAAAAAAUUGAUCAACUCAAUGACCAGCAACAGAUUAAUCGCCGUAAUGAAAUAU